GUGGUACAGGAGCAGUAUAAAAGUGGGUUCUUCUGCUCAUUCCCUCAUCCACUCCUCUUGACUCCGUCUCCCUGAGAAACAGGUGCAACUCCAGCCAUGUCCUGCUACAACCAGUGCCUGCCCUGCCAGCCCUGCGGCCCAACCCCACUGGCCAACAGCUGCAAUGAGCCCUGUGUCCAGCAGUGCCAGGACUCCAGGGUCUUUAUCCAGCCAUCCCCUGUGGUGGUGACCCUGCCCGGCCCCAUCCUCAGCUCCUUCCCACAGAACACCGCCGUGGGGUCCUCCACCUCCGCUGCCGUUGGCAGCAUCCUCAGCUCUCAGGGAGUGCCCAUCAGCUCCGGGGGCUUUGGUCUCUCUGGCUUGGGCAGCGGCAUCUGCGGCACGAGGAGGUGUUUCCCCUGCUAAAGCUGCUGUUGAUGGCCCUGGAGAAGGCUCCCAGGGACCCACCAGAUGGGACCAGAGUGGGGACAGGGCAUCAGGUUGUUGGUUUCAGAGGGGCUGAGCAACCCCAGCACCCCUUGCAAAAGGACGGGGCCAGCCUGGGCUCUCA